AUGUUCAAACACCUUGGUGUCUAUGGACCCGAUCUCCUCCUCCUCCUCCUCAACGCCGUAGCCCCAGGGGCAGAAAAGAUGACUAUGAAAACCGCUAAAAAGCUGAAGAGCUGUAUCCGCAAAGGUCUUCACAAAGCGAAGCAGGUCGCUGGCGACCUGCACCGCCGCAUCGUCGGUCCUCGGACCGAAGACAGCCCACUCAAUAAUUUGUUCGACACAAACUUACGCUGGCCACGUCCCGAAGCAACAAGUCCCCCGCUUUGGAUGCGGCAUGGACGCACCGAGAUGUUGCCAAUUAUCAUCGUGAGCGACUGGAAUCGAAGGGGUUCGAGCAAUAUGCGCAUUUCCCCGGCCAAAUCCACUCCCUACUCUCUUCUUCUCCCCCCACCAUCUCAACCUCCACGCACUCCUCCCCUACCACGACGCACCACCAUGCCUCCUCGCAACGAACUCGAAGACGAGAACUUGCCCUGCCCCCUCUUCUUCGACUGGGAAGAGGGAUACUACAAGACAAACCAGUCGAUCCUUUCUUGGCUUCAGGGGGCCGAAGCGGCACGAGACGCCCUGGCCAAUUUCCGCGUCUCGCACCCAGACGUGCUCCCCUGGGCCUUCAUGAACGACCCACUAUUCAACAUAGUGGGUGACAACAACGACCUUCUUUCCGAUGAAAGAUCAUCAGAAGUGCCAGAGGAGCUGCCGCAGAGCAGACUGACGGUCUGGAAGAAGAUCGUUCGCACCCGAACUUGGGUGGCUAGUGUGAAGGCUUUGCGUGGGUCUUCAAAGGAGGCGUUUAACAGUCUCCGUGACAAGAUGACUAGCUGGGCUGGUCGGAAGCGUGGCAAGGACCAGGUCUGA